ACAGACCCAGCAGUCCAACACUACACUAAAACGUCUCCCUAACAAGCCGCAGCCCAUAUUGCCUCCGCUGCUCCGCAGCCUCUGGUAUACUUUCCUCGCCUUCUCUCUUCACCGUCAGCGACAGCGAAGUUCCAGGCUUCCAGGAUCAGGAGGAUGGAAGAAAAGCUCGUGAGACCAAGAAACGAUGGCGUUUUGGAUGGGAACGGCGACGAUGAUGACCUGCCUAUGCUGAGCUCUCAUGCUCUAGCGGCUCUUAGAGAGUUCAUCGAAGAACAGAACCAGUUAAAUGUUGAUGAACGCAGGGAAGAAACCGGAGCUGAAGAAACUGGCGGUAAAGUGACCUUAGUAUCCGAAGAUUGGAGGCUCAGCCAAUUCUGGUAUGACCCUUUAACCGCAGAGACCGUUGCCAAGGAGGUUAUUGCUUUACUGGGCAACAACUCCAAUCCCAGUUCUCGGGUUGCUUGCAUCGCUUGCCCUACUCUCUAUGCCUAUAUUAAGAAAAUUAAACCGAAUGUUUCUGUGCAAUUGUUGGAAUAUGACAAAAGAUUUGGGCAAUAUGGAAGUGAUUACACGUUCUAUGAUUACAAUGAACCUGAAGAGUUACCUUCUGAGCUGAAGCAGGCUUUCCAAGUUGUAGUUGCUGAUCCUCCUUACCUGAGUAAGGAGUGUUUGGAAAAGGUUACUGAAACAAUUUCUUUUCUUGCAACACCUGGAAAAUCCCACUUGCUUCUUCUCACUGGGGAGGUGCAGAAAGAUAGGGCUGCCGAGCUCUUAGGCUUGCAUCCAUGUGGUUUUAGGCCUCAACACUCCAGCAAGCUGGGGAACGAGUUUCGGCUAUUCACAAAUUAUGAUCCUGGGAUGAGAUUGGGAGGGUGGGAGCUGGAGAAAUAGAUUCCUGUUUUCUUGGAUAUGAUUACUUAGAAAGUGAAAAUUCCAGAUUGAAAGUUUUACUCUGGAUUAGUUCAUCUUAUAGGAUAUAGUUCAGACCACAAAUUUGAUGUUGAGCUUUUGUCAUGGGAAGAAAGAUUAUGGAUGGAGUUUUUCCUUUUUCAGGAUGUAUUGAUGUGUUAUGAAUGUUUCAUUGUAGUGGUGCUGGUACAUUCCACAUAUUUCCAUCUUCGUCUUUUUGCCCAUCAAGUGUCUCGAGUUACAUUUUUUUUUUAAUUCGUCUUUCUGUUGUCAGCCAGAUUUGAUUUGUAAUGUUGGAGUUUUCAUUUAUUCGUCUUCCAUUUUCAGAAGCAAAUGUUAAUGCAGAAUGUCUCAUGCUUUUUCUUAAAAUAGAAUUUUGUUUAGAUUUUUCGUA